AUUGUAAAUAAGACCGCUGAAACUGUGUUUUAUUUACAAAAGUGAUGCCGGCUGUUUCGCAAUAUCUUUCCCAGUUGUUUUAGUUCGUUUUUCGUAAUUUUUUGGCUUUAUUUCUCGCCCUAUUUCCGUGUGGUUCUUACACUACGCGUAUAAUGGCGAGCUCGGCUAACUCGAACCCAGUGCCUAAACUAUACAAAUCUGUGAUUGAGGAUGUGAUCAACGAGGUGCGAGAGCUGUUCCUGGAUGAGGGAGUGGAUGAGCAAGUGCUGUUGGAGCUGAAAACGCUGUGGGAGAAUAAACUGUUGCAGUCCAAGGCGGUGGAGGGCUUCCAUACUGAAGAGCAGGCAGCGUUGCAGGCUGCCCAACAGCAGCAGCAGCAGCAGCAACAACAACAGCAGCAGCAGCAGCAGCAGCAGCACCAACAACAACAGCAACAGCAGCACCAACACCAGCACCAUCAGCAAGUUCAGCAGGUUCAGCAGGUCCAACAAGUCCAGCAGGUGACUCAGCCAGCACAGGCGCAACAAGUCAUCCUGCCCCCACAGCAGCAGCAAGCUCCCCAGCAGCAAGUCAUUGUUCAGGAUUCCAAGAUCCUGCAGCACAUGAGUGCAACGGGGAUGAGUGCAGCAGCUACUGCAGCAACACUUGCUUUGCCCACAGGUUGUGCUCCAUACCAACAGCUCAUCACCAGCCAAGGUCAGAUCCUGCAGGUGCUCCGCGGCCCCAAUGGAACUCAGUACCUCAUCCACCAGCCCCAGCAGCCCAUCCUCGUGCAGCAGCAGAUGCAGCCCGGUGGUGUGCAGGCACCUGUCAUCCAACAGGUCCUGACUCCUCUGCAGGGAGGCCUGCCCCAGCAAACAGGAGUCAUCAUUCAGCCACAGCAGAUCGUCUUGGCUUCAAACAAACUCCAAGGCAAUACACAGGUGAUGCAGGCAGCGGCUACUGCGCCACAACCCGGUCAGGCAACAACCGCGGCUCUGGUGCAGCAGGUUCAACAGGCCCAGGGUGCGGCUGCGGCGCAGGGCCCUCAGCAGGCCCAGGCCCAGCAGCAAGCCCAGCCUCAAGCACAGCAGCCUCCCAUGAUGCUGCAGGUGGACGGGACCGGAGACACCUCCUCGGAUGAAGACGAGGACGAGGAGGAGGAGUACGAUGAAGACGAGGAGGAGGAGAAGGACAAGGACGGGGGAGAGGACGGGCAGGUGGAGGAGGAGCCAUUGAACAGUGGAGACGAUGUCAGUGAUGAGGAGGACCAGGAGCUGUUUGAUACAGAGAAUGUAGUUGUGUGCCAGUAUGACAAGAUUCACAGAAGUAAGAACAAAUGGAAAUUCUACCUGAAGGACGGGAUCAUGAAUCUAAACGGGAGAGACUAUGUCUUCUCCAAAGCCAUUGGGGAUGCUGAAUGGUGAAGUGGAAGGUAAACGACAUAACAAAGCAGGAGCAGGAACUCUGAAACUCCUUUCUAUCCAGUUAACAGACACUUAAGUAUCCUUCCAUAUCCUGUGACUGGAGUCAUUUCAGGAAACUUCUUCUGGAGUCUUUGAGAACUCUGACAAACCCAAAGGACUGUGAGGGCACUGUAAAAUCGACGAGCCUUGUCGGAUGAGAAACCUACAGGGGAAGGAAAAAGCCUGCGAUGGGGAGUGUCGUUUCCGCCUUCUUCUUCUUCUUUUUUCUUCCUCUUCCUGGCUUCUCUUCCCCUUUUUGCCGAGAGAAUUCACAUCACUUUUGGAAAGUAAGCAUUUUACAUGGUACAGGUGUAGUGGACCAGGGCGACGCGACCUGCCCUGUCGCAGGAGGUCAGAGAUGAUUCAUUAUCGCCCCGUAAAUGAGAAUCACCUUCAUAAUGCACUGUAGUCGGUUGACUGGAUUGACUCGUGUCUCGUUUGUAAGUCCAAACUUAGUGCCACCAGUCGAGAACGCUGCCUUUUAGAACGACCAGAAUCAAAGCUUUUGGCUUCUAAUUUUUUUUUUUGUUCUUAGAUCGCAAAGUUGUGUUUUUAUGUAGUUAACAGCCUGUUAUUGUUUUAAACAUUUGAAAAAGAAAAAAAAAAAGUAUAUGUUUUAAGGGUUCAGACAAUGAGCGUGAAGUUGCAUUUAUCUCCACAUUUAACAGUAGACCACAGUCCAAGAGAGAAACGCUAAUUUUCAUCGUCUACUUCUCUGGAGCUUCAUUCCGUCUUUGACUCGAAACUUCACACACACACACAGAACAGAAGGAAGAAUUUUAAGAAUUGUACAAACUCUCUGAAUGUUUGUCCUGUCGGUGUAUCUGGUGUAUCUUUGCGCUUUUUUUUUUUUUUAAAUAGUUCUCCUCAGCCGUCUGAAAAUGUUGCACUGUCAGUUUUUCAUCGUGUAGAAAGUUUCAAGUUGACGAGUAACCACAGCGUUCUCUGUUCUGUGCAGUCGUCUGUGAGAGAGCGAGGAACAGUGACAGUCAACACGUGGUGGUGUGUGUGUGCGUGCGUUCACGUGUGUGUGUGUGUGUCACCACCGCUUUUCUCUUUCACAAUCACCCCUCCUUUUUUUUUUUUUUUAAAAGGGCAACACAGUGUCCUGCUCUUGUUUUUUUUUCUAUUUAUUCCUGGAAGUUCAUAAGAUGUGCUAUAUAUUUUUUUGAAAGUGAUUGAAAGCCGCACCAAACUGUGCUCUUAUAAUCAAAGUGUUCCUUUUUCUUUUUUGGUUCUGUUGGCAAAACUACGCACCGCUGUGUUUUUGGAUUUCUUCGUCCACCACAUGUUCUCCCGUGCUUUCGUUUUAUUUGUGAUUUUUAAUGACGAGAAUAUUUUCUAUCAAAGUGAGUUGAACUCGGGGCGUGUGUGUGUUUCACUGCAGUUUGUUUUUAGUGCCCCCCCCCCCUGUUGCAGCAGUUUGAAAUAAAGUAUGUGUUUUUGGA